AUGGUAAAUGAAAUAGUUCCACAACAGAUAGACGCGUCAUCACCUGCCAAUGAUGUAUGGACGCUUGUUUCACCAUUUAGUUCAUCAAAUGAACAUUUUGUAAAAAAUAUUAAAAGCAAUAUUGAUCAAUUUGAAAAAGACAGAAGAAAGUUUCUUGAUUUAAACACUAAAAAUUUUGAUAUCAUAAGUAAUAAUGAAUUGGCAGAUGAUGAAAAUGAAAAAGAUGGUUAG